AAGAGUUCCUAUUCGAAUCAUUAGCAAAAGUGAAGGAUUCCAUUCUCCCAAAUAAAUUUUUGCUUAUAGGAAAUGCAGACCCUCCAAAAUUCUCAACUCCAUUUGGCUUCGUGGAAAUCUGAUCCAGUGAUUGAACCUACAAACUUCUACUUCUGAAGUGGGAUCUCGUUGCGAGUUUCUGUGUUUUUCUUUUUAAAUGUUUUUUUUUUUUUUUGGUUGGACCCCACUGGCACACCAUCUUUGGAAAGAAGAGUCUGGUUCUUGCGUUCUCCGAAGGUCGUCAUCGACCCAUAGCCCAUAGCCAUGGCUGCCGCGUCUCUCCAACUCCAACGCUUAUUCUCCAUCCUCUUCCCAUCGAAACCACCAACCACUACCGCACGACCACCACCCUCGGAUCUCCAUCUUCCCAAGAAGCCCACAUCUGGGUGGGUCCCCCUAGUGGCCACCCGGGACCCCACAAUUUUCGCUCCUCCUUCAACCUACGAUUACGACGUCAUCCCCACACUGUACCCUGCACUCGCGCACUCGAACACCCUUUUCUUCAAAUCUUCGUACAACGUCCAAAUCAUAGUGGGUGAGAACGAGCCCGAAGAGAUAUUGCUGAACCGGUUCAGGAGGGAGGUCUUGAAGGCCGGCGUGAUCCAAGAGUGUAAACGGAGAAGGUUUUUUGAGAACAAGCAGGACAAGAAGAAGAGGAAGGCACGUCAGGCUGCCAGAAGGAACCGAAAGAGGCGCCCACAACCAAGAGAUCUGAUGCAGGCUAAACAGGAAACACCUAGGAAGAAAAAGAACGAGGAAGAAGAUGAUAACUGGGAAGAUUAUGAAGUAGAUCUUCCAUACUGUUGAUGCCGGAUGACAAUGAAGAAUGAAGUUUUCGAAGAGGCUUUGGUUUUUGACUCCAUUAAUGUUCAGGAGAGUGCUUUUGUGUAGCUGCUUGUAGUUCAACCUGUUGUUAUGUAGACUUGUAUAUUGUAUUUAGCUGUCUAUUUGGGGAAAUUUUUUAUUUGAAAGC